GUUGCUGCCGGUGUUGCUAGUUGGUCGUUCGUUCGUCUUUGCAGGGCCCAUUUAGUAUUGUUGUGCGAUUCUUUGAAGACAGAAGUUUAGUUUGUUUUGGCGUGUGUUUGAAUUAAAUACGUACAUCAUAUUCAAGUAUAAAAAAUAUCUCGGUAUAUCCCCACCUUUAUAUAUAUGCAUAAGAGAUUUGGUUAAGUUUAUUGCUUUCCAAUGAUUAUAAAGAAAUGAACAAUUAAUCCAUACAACUUAAUUAUCCUACACUGGUAGCCCUUAUUACUUCAGUCGUUAUGAGUGCGCCUUAGAAUAGGCUAUACGGCUUGAAUGCAGUUUAUAAUGGUGGUGGACGGUAAGUCGACAUUUCAAAAAUUUGAUGGAGGCGAGCUAUGCCAAUGGCAACGAUAACUGUACAACGGACUCCCCUAAGCAUAGCCGAACAACAAAAGCCAUCAACAAGGACUAACUCCAAUCAUGAGCUAUGGCAUGAGCAGCAAUCAAUAAACGCUUCAAGCAAUAACAGCAGCACUUCUCAUAGGCGAACGUCGUCUGCCCCGCGAAGCUUAACGACAAAAAAAUCAAAAACAUUGACCAAACAAACACCUGUUGUGGUGUCCACCGAUACCCUUGAAGGUGACGAUAGGUGGGCAGCGGAGAGCUUGCCGCCAGAAUGGCAACUAUUCACCGACAAAGUUGAGGAAAUAAAAAAUGUCGAAAGGUCGGAGGCAAUUGAGUGUGGUAGUGUAUCGUAUCAGGAAAUCUAUGACGAGCCACCAGACUAUCGCAUCUAUCAGGAGGGCGAAGUAAAUGAGUUCUUCAAUGGGCCAUUAGCAAGUGCUAGCCACAUACCCAAGACCAUAUCGGAAAUAUGUUUGGUAAAUGAUCAUUACAUAUUGGUUAAGAUGCCAUCGCAAUUGGAUUUACAGCAAGCUGGGAACAAUGCCAACACUCAAAACAUUUCAUUCUCCGAAGUCGAACAGAGGUCAGGGAAGAAAUUGUGUCAUUAUCUGCGUAGAAAGCCGCAACGCAUUAGAAAAAUUACCCCCAUCAAUGAGGAGCCAGAUUGCAUGGAAUCCAACAAAUCGGAAGGUAGUAAAAAUUCCAAAUCUUUGCAUUGCCUGAAUGUUAAAUCCUGUUGGCAGACCCACGACGAUGAGGUGGAAGUUUAUGAGACUCGUACAACAGUUCAAAAAUCAGCACCUCAGGCUAUUGUAAGAAGAGAUGUUUCCAUGAAAUCUUCGCACAAAUCCUGUCAGACAUCUUGUGCUGUAACCUCUGCCAAUAAUCCCUUAAAAAGCCAUGAAGGGCUUACUGAAAUUCCAAGCAUUUCGGGCAAUCUCUUAAAGUCUUCCUUAUGCGAAAGAGUGUCACUCUUCCAUACUGGCUCUUUGGUGGUAGGCGAUCCCAAUGACCCAAAUGUCUGGAACUUGAGUCAUAGUCGAAAGAAAGUCACCCAAAGAUGCCGUAGUAGAUUUCAAUGGCUGUGGCGUCCCUUUCGUGGCAGACAACGCAACCCCAUAACGAAUAAACCCAAAAUACAGGCUGUAGUGCAUAAAAGUUAUUUUGUUAAAUGGACCAAACCACCGGAAUGCCUGCACCAUGGCUACGGUGGAGCUAGGUUCACAACAUUGGCAGCAGAUGUGGAAGCGUCAGUUUUAAGACGCUGUCGUUCAGCUUUAUUUUAAUAUUAGUUGACAGAGUUUUCAAUGAAAAUAAAAUUUUAAACAAAAAAAAAA